CACUAGUCAAGACAAACUUAAAUAAAUAAUAAUCGAAUCAAUAUUUAUCAUAAUUUAUUUUCAAUUGCAAUGAACUUCUUUUGGCUGUCGAGCGAGUGGUUAGCCUACGGGCUAAUACUUUUUGUAAGUUUGUGGAUAGUAUAUCGGUAUUUUACGCGCAAUUUUGAUUUUUUCACCAAACAAGGCAUCACUGGUCCGAAACCCGUUGUAUUUUUGGGCAAUAUAUGGGAACAACUAUUUGUCAAACCGGAAGAAUUAGAGAUACAGAGGCUUAAAAAAUAUGGCAACAUUUAUGGAGUGUUUGAAGGCAACCAGGCCACAUUAUCCGUGGCGGACCCGGUGCUCAUCAAACAGAUACUGGUAAAAGACUUUCACACAUUCGCAGUGCGUCCGGCGCUGAGCAACACUAAGCAACACUUGAAAGGCCAGAGCGUGAACCUAAUGACCGGCGAUGAGUGGGUGCGCCAGCGGUCGGCGGUGUCGCCACUGUUCACGUCGGGACGUAUGCGUCGCGCGUACCCUAUCAUCGACACCUGUUUACAGCAUCUAAUGGACACUCUGGCCGAGUCCGGGCCCACAGUCGACAUUAAUCAGGCGUAUAAGUGGUACGCUAUGGACGCGAUAGGGGCCGUGGCCUGGGGUGUGGAGACUGACGCCCGGCACCGGCCCGACGAGCCGCUCGUCCGGUGCGCCACAGAAAUUGCACACAUCUCGCCAUUGAAGACAGUGUUGUUCCGACUCCUACCACAUCGGGUGCUCUCAGCGCUCGGCCUAAACUCACUGCACAGUACAGCCAUUAACCGACAAAUGCAUGAAAUACUCCGACAACUUGUGGCCAGUCGUCGCCAUCAAAGUCGACACGAUUUUAUCAGUCAAUUGCUGAGCGCUCGCCCGACGACCAGUCGUGUGAUCGCCGGUAGCGACGGAACCGAUGAAAGCCAAUCAUACGAAGGACACCAUAUUAAUGAAGAUGGUGAAAAAGCUAUGGAGAAAAAUGAGCGGACAAUUGGUGCCAAUGAGAGCGCUCUCAACGAAUCGGAAAUCGUCGCCAAUUCGUUGAUUUUCUUUAUCGGUUCAUAUCAUCACUUGUUCUCAAAGCUGUCGUACUGUACGCUUGAUUUGGCCCUCAAUCCCAGAGCUCAGGAGCUCCUGUACGCGGAGGUGCGCGCAGUGGCCCCACAACUGGACUCCACAAUACCGUACGACACUCUCGUCACUCUACCCUUUCUGGACGCCGUCAUAUCCGAGUCGAUGCGUAUGCAUAGCACACCUCUACACGUGUCCCGCUGUGCGAACACCGAUUACCAGAUGCCGGGCACUGGUGUGACCAUAAGGGCCGGUCAACUCAUACAGAUCCCUGUGUACGCCAUUCACCACAUGGACGAGUACUACCCGGAGCCGCACCGUUUCCUACCCGAGCGCUUUAUGCCCGAAAACCGGCGUAAACUAACCCCCUAUACGUAUCUACCCUUCGGCGCCGGUCCGCGACAUUGUGUGGGAAUGCGUUUUGCGUUAAUGGAGAUUAAGUACGCGUUGGCACACGUCGUGCGUCGCUAUCGUUUUGUCCGCUGCCCGGAGACCAACGCCUGGCCACCGGUGGCCAGUCAUCCGACCAUAAUUGUGCCCAAAUCGUUGUUCGUCGGUGUGGAGGCCCGACACGACUAGAUCGUUUAUACACAACUGUUUUAUAAAUUUAAUAAAGUUACAAUUUAGAUAAAACAUUAUUAUCUAAAACAGCUAAGGUAAAGAGAAAUAAUGAUUUUAUUUUUACGUGAUUAUUGAAUCACC